AUGGGUAAGAUGUCUGGAGCACAGGAGCAGCAAGAUGUCCCUGGAAAUGGUUCUCGAGAGGUUUUCCAGGGUUUGUUCAAAGAUUUAGGGAAGCAAGCGAUGGCUCUGGAAGCGAUUCUGCGGGUGGUGUGCGGUCGGGUGGACAAACUGGAGAAUUGGCUUACGGAGGUGAGUUUUGGCAUGACGGAGCUCGAUUUGAAGCUUCGAAAUAUUGCGCACAAUAUCGACGGAACUGCUGCAGUGGACGACGAAGCACGAGGACCCCAUCGUUGGGCUAUCCCUCAAACGGAAGCUGUUAAACCCGUAGCAUCUACAGUAAGCAAGAAGCUUGGUACAGAGAAGAAAGCGGUUCGUGUGACUGGCAUGGCUGCUGCCAUUCUUGAUCGACUAGCAACGACUUCAGAAACAGGCACACCUACACCAGUUGAAACCGAGAAAGUUGAGAAGCCAAGUGCAAAAAAGAAAAAUAAGGACAAGAAGCAUAAUACCAAGAAAGUAAAGGCAAAUGGAUCGACGGAGUUACCACCUACUCCAUUACCCCCAGUAGUUGAAAUCUCGACACCCGUGAAGCAUGAACAAUACGAGGUUAUACCAAGUACUCCACCGGUACCAAUUCCAGCAGUGGUUGUAUCGGCUCCUGCUGAAAUUGAAUCCCCACCGGCAAAUUCUGAGAUUUCUCGAAGUGAGUUAGUACCUCCUACAGCUAUUGAUGAAGCUUUGACUAUGGUAGACAUCAAGGCUUCGAGCAGGGGCGAAGCAAAUGAAGUCGCCGAAGUUCCCGUUGAAGUUGCUACGACCUCGGAGCUGAGUUUGAGAGAACGGGAUAACGCGCAAGCUUCCGAGUUGAACCCAUCCAACGGUCAAUCCAAUGCUCUGUCAAGCGAGAAUAACCCCGGAGCAAUCGAGUUGGCGGAGAAAGAGAUACUAAUUGUGCAGAAUGUUGCAACAACGGUUGCUCCUACUAUCGUACCAGAACCACCCUCCCCAAGCUCUCCAAUUGCAGUUGCCCCGGAACCCAGGCCUCAAAAACAGUCGACGCCUAACGUCACACUUGUUCAAAAUGCUCGUGACAAGAUGCCGAUCCUCAGUCCAUCCGUCUCAAGUGUCCUGCCAACAGUUGAAGUUGAACAAUCUAUCGAGCCUUUUCUUUUGAAAACCACGGCCCACACUGUUAGAGCAACACCAACUCUGCCCAACAGUAGGUUGGAACCUGAAAGUGGCGUACCUGAGCACCAAGUGAUGGCACCACAAGUAACCCCAACGCAACCCACAGAAAUCCCAUCACCGAUUAUUGCCAAGGUGGACUGCGACUCGAAUUCAACGUUGGAAAUCGCCGACAUACCACCCACUAUCACGGAAUCUAUACCGAUAGUAGUUGAAAAGAAAAACCCGGGGCCUAAGUCUGUUGCGGUUGACGUGAAAAACACUGAGCCUAUUGCAGCUGUAAGCACAACUCCAGUCACAGCAGCUCCAUCCACCGCUAACGAACACGUUACUGCAGAGUUCAAAGGAUUUGAAGUUUCUGGUGCGCCAAUUCGACAACGUGAAGAUAAAAUACUACCACAACAUGACACCGGUACUCCAGAGGCAGUAGUAGAUCCGCUUUUGCCGCAUCGAUCACCUUCACGUCGACGAUCGUCAAAAAUGGCCCAAAGAUCGAGUUCUACAAAGAAGCAUGAGGGAAACGCUGAUAAUGAACCCGCACGGCGCUUAUCGAUAAAUAAACGCAGUUCGCACUCGCGACGCUCAUCGAUAUCUCUACAGGCAAAGCCUGUAGAGCAGGAAACACCCAAGCCUGAUCAGCGGAUAGCACUCGAAUCAUCACCUGUUGAAAAGGCAGUACCGCAAGUAAAAUUCCAGCCAGUUGAACAAGCAGAGCCUAAAUUAAUACCUCAACCUCAAGCAGCAGCCCCUAUGACAAGCACUACAGAACAGGAGAAUAUCGAAGAGGAGAGUCAAGAAAGCGGCAGUGAUUCCGUUUCUGAAGGAUCAGACUCGUCCAGUGGAGAAGAGCAAGACGCAGAAGCUGUAGUUGAGGAGAUCUCAAAUGCCAUGACAGCUCUCAGGAAGCUUAAACGUGCUCAAAUGCUAUCACCCGAAGAAGAAACUGAGCUCAAAGAGCGUGCUCAUAAGAAGUGGUUCCAACUCAAGGGCCAUAUCAAGGAAAAGCAGAAGAAGGACGUAACAAACAUAUUGCUCAAACGCAAGAAGAACGUCUUCACUGUAUCGUCAAGGAUUGAGUUGCUGGAGGAAAAGUCUCGCGAGAUUUUCGCAGCACUCAAGCAAAUUAUGAAUGAAUUGCGAGAAAAGAACGACCGCUCUACGCACGAAACUCUUCGACGACGUGUUGCGGAUAUUGAACAAAGCUUGCUGACUAUAGACUCGAGAUUUGCGUCCCUGUCUGCUCCUGCCAUGGAUAAUGUGCGUGACCUGGAGAAUGAGGUAGUCUCACUCCGUAGUGCGGUGCAAAUGCAGCUUACAACUGCUCAGAGCGAGGCUGAAGCCAGGCACUCGUUACUUGAGGAAGCACUUGCAAGUCAGCGAACGCUGGUCGAGACAUUAGCACAAGACGUUCCGGCCCAGAUAAAUGUUCAAACCGAGCUCUUUAUGGAAAAGUUCAAACAAUUGCCCGAUCAUACUGCAGCCAUUGAGAAUCUACGACGAAGUCUGAAGAGGAAAGCGGACUUGAAGUUGUUGAAAGAAUUGGAAGCUCGCUUGCUAGGUUUGGACGCUGAGAAUGAAGACUGCCUCGUGCGCUGUUUAUCGUGCCGCAAAGAAGUUAUCAAUCUGUAUAAUGACAAAGACACAGAAGCAGAUGAGCAAGAUGUGGGCAAUGGCCAGCUUCGAAAAGUGAACCCAGGACCAUCAUCAGCUCGGAUCUACCGCUCCAAUAUUCCGUUUAGCGCCCAGACCGUCGUUCAGGAAUCCAUCCAAGAGGAAUCUUCCGAGGAAGUGUUAUUUUCACCUCAACCCCUUUUCGCAAUGCCUGAUCCCCAGCCAUAUCAACAAUUUCAGUCAGCAGGUGAUUCUCAUUCAAGUGAGAAAGCUGCGAUUCCAAGGUCGGCCCCCGUUUUGAGAAGAGAUACAAAAAUCCCUCAAGCGUCUCCGCUCAGCCUGAUGAAUAUCACAGCGACAAGAGCCAUCUUGUCACCCGAUCGACCGAUUAGUGCACCAGUUGUGGCCUUGAAGAAGAGAUCAACUACAGCAACUAGAUCAAAGUCUUUGCUCAAGUCUCUUACUCCACAGCCAGGGACCGCGCAGUAGCUUAAUUAAUCUUGUG